AUGUCGAGCCUUAAGUACUACGUUCCGGAGGGACACUGCGAAGAGCGAAAAGUCAAGUACUACUACACUCAAGCCGUUCGCGUUGGCGACCGCAUCGAGACCUCGGGCCAGGCUAGACUGACAUGCGGGCUAGGCGGUUGGCAUCCCAAGACGGGCGUUAUCCACACCAACCUAAAGGACGAGAUCGACGAGGCGUUCCGCAACUGCGAACUCAAUCUCAAGACCGCUGGGGGCAAGGGAUGGUCUCAGGUGUUCCGUGUCACCUCCUACCAUGUGCCUCUGACCGACGAGGCUUUGGAGAUUUGCGUUGAGAACUUCAAGAAGUACAUGCCUGAUCACCAGCCUGUGUGGACUGCCGUGGGCGUCCCUGCGCUUGGCAGCCCAGAGGGCCAUAUCGAGAUCGAGUGCAAUGCUUACGAUCCCGAGGGCGCCGCCAAGGCUGCGCAGUAA